UCUCUGAGCAGCUUGCAGCCCACCCUGUGGCUUGGCUCCGGAGGAGGGCGGUUCUUUCUUAACAGGAGGGGGCCAGAGAGAGGAGGGAUUGCAGAUUAGGGUUUAAGGGGACCACGUGACCCUCCCCCAGGAAUGCGGUGACGUCAGGGGGCGUGGUCGUCCCCAAAAUUGGGGAGGAAGGGGAAAAAAAAGCCAGAAAAAGUUUCUUUGCGGGAGUCCCAAACGGGGCGGGGGACGGAAGGAGAGGAAAGGGGCUCAAGGCUCCGGGCUCCGGGCUUGUGGGGGCCCUGACCUCUGUCUGGAGUGGAGUAACCAUUCCAGACCAUGUCGGGACCCACCUGGCUUCCCCCGAAGCAGCCAGAGCCCUCCAGAGUCCCUCAGGGAAGAGCGCUUCCCCGAGGCGCCCUGGGGCCGCCACCGGCCCACGGAGCAACACUCCAGCCCCACCCCAGGGUCAAUUUUUGCCCCCUCCCACCUGAACAAUGUUACCAGCCUCCGGGGGUACCGGACGACCGGGGGCCUUCCUGGGUGGGAUCCCACGGAGCACCCCAGCGCCUGCAGGGGCUCCCGCCAGACAGGGGCGUCAUCCGCCCUGGAAGCCUGGAUGCUGAGAUCGAUUCGCUCACCAGCAUGUUGGCGGAUCUGGACGGAGGUCGCAGCCAUCCUCCUCGACGACCAGACCGACAGGCUUUUGAGGCCCCUCCACCCCAUGCUUACCGUGCAGGCUCCCUGAAGCCCAGUGGAGGUGCGGGUCCAAACCCUAUGCUCCCAGCAUCCCCUUAUGGUGGACCUACCCCAGCCUCCUAUGCUACCGCCAGCACUCCGGCUGGCCCUGCUUUCCCCGUGCAAGUGAAGGUGGCUCAACCUGUGAGAGGCUGUGGACUGCCUAGGCGGGGAGCCUCUCAGGCCUCUGGGCCUCUUCCGGGCCCCCACUUUCCUUUGCCAGGCCGUGGUGAAGUCUGGGGGUCUGGCUAUAGGGGUCACCGUGAGCCAGGACCAGGGGUUAAGGAGGAAGCUGCUGGGAUACAUGGCCCUGCAGGAGGAGGAAGAGGAGGCGGUCAUGGGCCCCAGGUCCCCUUAAGCCAACCUCCGGAAGAGGAGCUGGAGAGACUGACGAAGAAGUUGGUGCAUGACAUGAGCCACCCGCCCAGUGGGGAGUACUUUGGUCGCUGUGGCGGCUGUGGCGAAGAUGUGGUUGGCGAUGGAGCUGGGGUUGUGGCCCUGGACCGCGUCUUCCAUAUUGGUUGUUUUGUGUGUUCUACCUGUCGGGCCCAGCUCCGGGGCCAGCAUUUCUACGCUGUAGAGAGGAGGGCUUACUGUGAGAGCUGCUACGUGGCCACCCUGGAGAAGUGUUCCACGUGCUCUGAACCCAUCCUGGACCGAAUCCUGAGGGCUAUGGGGAAGGCUUACCACCCUGGUUGCUUCACCUGUGUGGUGUGUCACCGUGGCCUCGAUGGCAUCCCUUUCACCGUGGACGCCACCAGCCAGAUCCACUGCAUCGAGGAUUUCCACAGGAAAUUUGCCCCACGGUGCUCGGUGUGUGGUGGGGCCAUCAUGCCAGAACCAGGUCAGGAGGAGACGGUGAGAAUCGUUGCUCUGGACCGAAGUUUCCACAUUGGCUGUUACAAGUGUGAGGAGUGUGGGCUGCUGCUGUCCUCUGAGGGUGAGUGUCAAGGCUGCUACCCGCUGGACGGGCACAUCUUGUGCAAGGCUUGCAGUGCCUGGCGCAUCCAAGAGCUCUCGGCCACUGUCACCACUGACUGUUGACUCUUCCUGCUGCCGUCUCAGCCCCGUCCGUCGCCUCCCCUCACACCCACCUUUAUUGUUUGUUACCAAAUGCUAUUGCCUCUUCCCCUCUCUGUGAAAUAAUGACCCCUGAAGGGUUUAAAAGGACUCGUGAAUCUGCCGUUUCAUUGGGAUCUUAGAGGGUGAGGGCUGUGUAAGCCUCAGAUUCCAGCACUUGGGAGUUCGGGGACAGCUUGGUCUACAUAGUAAGGUCCAUGCCAGGGCUGGAGAGAUGGCUCAGAGGUUAAGAGCACUGACUGCUCUUCCAGAGGUCCUGAGUUCAAUUCCCAGCAACCACAUGGUGGCUCACAGCCAUCUAUAAUGAGAUCUGGUGCCCUCUUCUGGCAUGCAAAAAUACAUGGAAGGAAUGUUGUAUACAUAACAAAUAAAUAAAUCUUUAAAAAAAAAAAAAACCAAGUAAGGUCCAUGCCAGUGAGGACUCCGUAGUAAGAUCAUGCCUAAAACAAAUGAUAUCUUAUACUUUUUAUUUAUUUUAUUUUUUUGAGAUAGUGUAUCUCUGUGUAACAGCCCUGGCUGUCCUGGAACUCUCUUUCUAGACCAGGCUGGCCUCGAAUUCAUGGAGAUCUGACUGCCUCUGCUUCCUGAGUGCUGGGAUUAAAGGUGUGUGCCACCGUGCCGGGUUGCUAUCCUGCUAUCCUAUGCUUCCGUUGUCAUUACAUCGUUGAUUAGCCCAUUUAUUGUAGGCUGUGGAGUCCUCAAACGGUUCCAUUGCUACUGCUCUUUCAGUUCUUCAGUCUUCUGACAGCAGACUUGGCAAGCCAUGUUGCAGGUCAGGGCCCACCAGCCACGGUUCUCAUGCAGGAACCCCAGUGCCAGGCUUGGUGGCACACACCUUUAAUAUAGAAAUAGGCCUAUUUCCUCGUCUUGGUCUUGCCCUGGAAGGAGCCGAUGCACCUGACAUGCUAGCUGACUUCAGUUUUCUUUGCUGUUUUUCAAAGGGAGUCGGUAUAGCAGGUCCUGUGUUUACCAGUGACGCUGACCUUCUCAGCGCAUUUAACUGUGAUGUUGUGACACAGGCUAGAGACACAUGAAGUGCUUUUUAUUAAGGACCAGUUCUGAUGUACCCCAGGCUACCCUUGAAUCUGAUACACAGCUGAGAUAGCCGAGGCUGUUCUUGAACUCUGGAUCCUUUUGUCUUCACUGCUCAAAUGCUGAGAUUAUAGGAAUGAACCAC